AUGUUUUGCAGUCGUAAUAGACUUUCUCCUUUGAAGAGAAUAACACUCCCCCGCUUGGAGCUGUUAGCCGCAUUAUUGGGUGCUCGAUUACUCCAUUAUUUCUGUACAGAAACUAAACUGGAUAAGAACACAGCGACACUUUGGAGUGACUCAGCAGUUGCCUUAAAUUGGAUACAAGGUGAACCAAAUCGGUGGAAAACUUUUGUCUGUAACCGAACGAACGAAAUUCUCAAUUACACAAAUCCAACACAAUGGCGGCAUUGUCCCGGCAAUGAAAAUCCUGCCGACCUUUUAUCUUGUGGUGCUGCACCAACAGAGCUUAAAUCAUUGGAUCUUUGGUGGCUAGGACCUACCUGGCUAACCCAGUCAUCAAAGUUUUGGCCUUCAAAACAACUGAGUGACGUUAAUCCAGAUAUUUAUGCUGAACUACGUAAACCAGCUUCUCAAUCUUUAUUGAUAACUUCUUACCAACCUCUUAUUGAUAUAUCGCGCUUCAGUUCAUAUAUGAAACUUCUUAGAGUUACAGCAUGGAUAUUUCGCUUCUUGUAUAACUGUCGAUCCAAGCAGCGCAUUUCUAUUGAUCUCACAUGUGAUGAGCUUAACACAGCAAAAAACUAUUGGAUUCUUACAGUGCCAAAGCAAUGCUUUUCGGCAGAGCUUAACGCUUUACAAAAUAAAUCCCUUUUGCCAAAAUCUUCAAAAAUUAGCCGUUUUAACCCAUUUCUUCAAAAAAAUCUCAUACGAUUAGGAGGUAGAUUACAGUUUGCAUCGCUCAAAAAUGAGCAAAAACACCCUUUGCUUCUUGAUGGUUCUCAUCCUUUUGUACAUCUCUUCAUAUACUACACACAUGUGAAGCUUCAUCACUUAGGUGUUCAAAUUGCAUCUAGAAGUCAACAAAUCGAAGCUCCUUUACCAAGAGACAGAAUUACACCUUGUCUUCCAUUUGCUACUAUUGGCAUAGACUUCGCCGGCUCACUUUAUGUCCGUAACUUGAAACCUUUAAAUACAGCCUAUAUCGCACUUUUCACUUGCUCAACUACUCGUGCCGUACAUAUCGAACUAGUCUCUGACCUCACUACUGACAAAUUUCUCAUGGCCUUAAAAAGAUUUGUAGGCAGAAGAGGAAUCCCUCAUACAAUAUACACUGACAACGCCACUACCUUCCAUGCCGCUAAUAAAGAGCUAUCCAUUUUAUGGGACAACUUGACAUCGUCAAAAGUUCAGCAAUAUUAUGCCCAGACGGGAAUUAAGUGGAAAUUUAUUGUUGCACGAGCGGCUUGGUGGGGAGGAUGGUGGGAACGUUUGAUCGGACUAACAAAAAGAUGUUUGCGAAAAUCCCUUGGUCGAACCUUGUUAGAUGAAGAAGGUCUUUCUACAGCAUUAUUUGGUGUUGAAGUCAAAUUAAAUAGUCGACCGUUAGUUUAUGAACAAGGAAAUGAUGAUCCUGAAGAAACAUUAACACCAUCCCAUUUUCUUACCGGUAAAAGACAUACAAACAUACCUCCACAGCCUGCAACAUCUAGUAGAAAUCUGACAAAAUUGUACAAGCAACAACAGGAUUUAUUCGACGCAUUUUGGAAGGAAUGGUCUAAGGACUAUUUAUUGCAAUUAAGAUCUUUCCACCAAGUACGCAACAUUCAAAAAUCAUUUCAUGCUCGUGUUGGAGACAUAGUACUACUUCACGAAGAUGUAAGACCACGACAUACGUGGAAAAGAGGAUUGGUAACCGGGCUAAUUAAAGGACGCGAUGGAAAAGUCCGCACUUGUACUUUAUGUUCCGAAGGUAAGGAAAUCUCCCGACCUGUUCAACUGAUCAUUCCUCUUGAGGUUGAUCAUUGUGGGGAGGAUGUUCCAGACGCAAGUGCGUGA